AUGUCGGAACAGCCAAACCUUUGUGGUGUUCUGGAAAAAUAUCAACAGCUUUUGAUUAUCAUUGAAGAAAUGAAGCGUGAUAUCAAAGCACCCUACGUUGGAAAUAAGGCUGGAAUUGAAAGGUAUAGUGACUUUACAAUGUCGAACCAGCCUAACUCAGCGCCAAUGCCGGUGAUUGAUGGCCAAGCAAAGUAUGCUCAUCUCCUACAAGUCAUUGAAGAAAUGGGAAGAGAUAUCAAGCCGACGUACGUGAAUAACAAGAAUGCAGCAGAAAGGUUGAAGAAGAAUAUUCACACCGCCCGCAUCCUUGUUCGGGACUGUGUCGCCGAACUGGAGCGGGUUCUUAAAAGCUGA